CAGUCAGCUCAAGGAUUCGUCGCGGGGCACGCCAUAGAAUUACUAGUAUGGACCAUACUUAACAGGCAGAAGAAAUGAGACUGGCAUUCACUUUUACGGGGGCAAUUCCUGGUGCCAAUUGACGGUUUGAAGACCGCGUCUAUCGAGCUGUCUUACCCGAAACUGUAGUCCAAGCUGAAAAAAGUGCAACAAAAUCGAAAAGAUGUCAGCGCCUGCCCUGAAGGAGUUGGUGAUAGGUCGCGAUACUUGCGAGUGGUCGCGCUUGACCGAAGGCGUUAUCCAGGAAAUAGCAAGCUAUUUGCAUCCCAGCGAGGUUGCCAUUAACUUCAAGCUAGUCAACCGCGAGACAGCACGGUUCCUGAGACACUUUUGUCGCAUCCAGCUCUCGCAGCCGCUGACUCAGGGCACCAAAGAACCUGUGCAAGUAGCUGUCCCAUUCUGGCCUUCAACCGGGUUCGUUGCGCAUUGGGGCCGGCCGCAGCCCUGGCGCGCCCUCAGCUUGCGACAGCGGUGCGGGCUGCUGUGCCUAGCCGCGAACUCGGGCUGUGCUGCGAGCCUGGAGGUCGCGCUGGCGCAGUGCGGCUGCAGCCUGACGUCGGAGGUGGCCGUGGCUGCCGCGCUCGGCGGCAGCGUGUCUGCGUGCGAGACGCUCCUCAUCCGGGAGGGCUGCGACAGCAUGGCGCGCCUGGAGGACUUCGCGGCGGAGGCCGGUCGCCUGGAGCUGCUGCGCUGGCUACGUCAGGCUCGGCGGGAGCAGCUGCUGUCGACACCUCCGCCGCAGCGACCGCCUGAGUGGAUGCCGGAGGAGCUCACAACAGCCGUCGCGGCAUGCCGUGGCGGUCACGCGCACAUUCUUGCCUGGCUGCAGCAGGAGGAGGAGCAGGCGCAGGGAGUCGGCGGGGUCCCUGGCGCGGUUGCGGCAGAGCCGCUGACACUGGCUCACCCAAAAGCCGUGCCGUUCCUGGCGGGCGCGGCCGGCGCGGGUGGGCACGUGCAGCUACUAUACCAGCUGCUGCCGCGCCUGGAGCCCAUACCCACGGGUGCGGCGUGCAGCAUGCUGGAGCAGGUGGCGCAGGGCUGCCCGCUGGAGGCCCUGCAGCGGGCUUACAACCACGUAUUUGAGGUGGACGUGCAUCCAAACGGUAGUACCAAGCAGACUCUGGCGAUUGCCGCCGCCGUUAGCAACACGCCGGACUGGGAGCAGAAACUGGACUGGGUCCUGCAGCAGCAGCCGCACGGGGCCGACCUGCUUGGGCACCCCAAUCCCGAUGACGACUUCUUCAAGGAUGUCGAUAUGUUGAUUUGUGGCGCCGGCCGGCUCCCGGACUGGCUGCAGCGGCUGCAGGCCCUGCGCGCGCGCAACGUGCCGCUGCCGCCUCUGAGUGACCUGGGGGAGCGCGCCGCCGCCGCGGGCAACGUCGCUGCGCUUACAUGGCUGCUGGCGGAGCAGGGCGAGGGCGUGCCAGUGAGCGCCGACCUAGCACGCGUGGCUGCGGCGGCUGGUCACGUGUCAGUACUCACAGCGCUUCAGGAGCGGGGCUGCGUGUUUUCGGAGGACGACGUCCUGACUGCGGCUCAAGCCGGCAGAACGGCAGCUGUGAGCUGGCUACUCGCGCAGCCGCUACCACAGGAUCUCUCCGUCGACGACUGGGCGGCCGUGUUCAAGUGCUUGGCGCGUCAGGGCGCGGACCUGGCCACGCUGCGGCAGCUGCACGAGCGGCACGGCGCGCCCAUUGACCUGGAGGCGGUGGCGAAGUACGGCAGUGUGGAGGCGCUGGAGUGGGCGAUGGCGGCGCUGCGAGGACCGGGAGCGGGACGUCGCGGCGCCCAGCAGGCGGUGGAACGCCAGCUGUGUUGUGAAUUGCAGAACCGCAAGGUGUGGUACACAGCGGAAGCCGGCAACCUGGCGGCGGCGGACUGGCUGACGCAGCUGCUGGUGAUGAACGGGUUCCGUCAGGGCCCAACCCUGCCGGCGGUGGCUGUUAUUGCGGCAACGCAGGUGGUGGGAUGCCACUCGUUUGGGGCACUGCGCUGGUGGCUGCGGCAGCGGCAGGAGGGGCACGGUGUGGGGCAGUCGGAGCAGGAGGAGGGGCAGGGGCAGGAGGGGCAGGGGCAGGGACAGGAGCAGCUGGAGGGGCAGGAGGGGGCGCUGACAGACACCGAGUGGCGCAAGCUGCUGGAGUGUGUGGCGUCGUCUGUGUUCACCGCGCCGGCUUACCUGGGCGAGUAUAAGUACUCACGCGCACAGUGGAACUGGCUGAUGGCAAAGCGGCUGGAGGCGGCGGCGGCGCAGGAAAAGAAGGCGGGGCAGGAGGGUGCGGUGGCGGCGGCUCGGGCGGAGGCGGGUGAACUUGCCGCGGCGGCGGCGGCGGCGCAACCAUACGUGUUUCCCGGGCUCCCCGAAGAGUUCUUGGCGCAGCUGGCGGCGGACCAGAUGGCGGCGGAAGCCGCAGCGUUGGCGCUGGGCGCAGCGGCGGAGCCGGGCAUAGCGGCUGCGCAGGCAGACGGCUAAGACGCCGCCGCCCCGGCAGCGGAGGCGCUGCAGCAGCUCGACGGCGAAUGAGCGCAACCCGGCGGGUGGCAGAGGCCGGCAACACUGGGCGUGUGUGCGGUGUGUGUGUGUGUGUGUGUGUGUGUGUGUGUGUGUGUGUGUGUGUGUGUGUGUGUGUGUGUGUGUGUGUGUGUGUGUGUGUGUGUGUGUGUGUGUGUGUGUGUGUGUGUGUGUUUGGGUGUGUGUGUUUGAGCGUGUGCGUGUGAGCAGUGUACGGCCGUACGUGGCGUGCGUGACGUUCAUUGGAGGGCAUGGUGAUACCUUACUCGGGACGGGAAUUGUUUACGGCUGCGUUCCCUAGCGUGUGUCGGGUGUGGCGUUGGCAUGGACGUAGCAGUGAGCACAGUGGACUGGUGGUGUCGUGAUGGCGUAGUGCGUGUAGCGCCUGGCCUGCUGCCUAGCGGCGGUAUGUGCAGCGUGUUCGACUGGUUGCAUGGGUGGGCACGGGUGGCUGCUGGGCAAGGGCAAGGGCAAGGGGAAGGGCAACGGCAACGGCAAUGGAAAUGGAAAUGGAAAUGGCCUGCCAGUGCAUACGAAGGGACAUGCGGCCCUUGUACAUACAAACGAGCAGAGGUGCGCUGUGACGCGUGGGUAUGGUCCUGUGGGAGGUGCUAGCUAGGGGCAUCCUGUCCAUUGGACUGUUGCGCAGCGUGAUGAGCAGCAGCGGGAUACACUACGGUAGGCGAAUGCAUGUGUGACGCGAGGCACGGCUGAGCUUGUUCAGCGUCCGGUGUCAUGACCGUGCGGGUGGAUUCGGCGUGUGUGCACAGGGGUAUGUGUCCGAGGUUGCUUGGGCCCGACACGGUGGUACAGGUGGGUGAGAGAUUUGAAGCGCCUCGUCACCCGCACCUCGUCAAUCAUGGGGCAGCUAGUGUUCGUCUGUCCACGCAUGAGGGAUGACCCAUCUAAAGGACAACCAUACUCAGGUGCUUAGCAUUACCGUCUUGCAAGCAAUCAAGGACAUGAGUGCCGGCUGUGCCGCUGCCCGCCCGCACCGAUGCACUCACGCGCUGCUCCGCCUGAUGCCUGGUCAGCACUGAGGCUAAUAAAGGCUAUGUGGAGCUGCAGCAUUUAUUGCAACACACAUCGUCUUGGCACCUUGUUUGACAAUGAAUGCUUAAAUAGC